AUGGUCUUCUGCCUCCCAUCGCUGCGUAGCCGACCCCACCUCUUCGAAAAGCAGCAAUCAAAGCAUUCCGGGCAUACACGCCAUUACACCAUCAGUCGUGAUCCAUCUCUUGAUCUUCGCGAAGCCAGCCAAGCAAUCUCCAUCGCGAACUCCGAGGCCAAGGAAGAGGAGAAGCGUCCAAUCCCGUCCAAACAAACCAUCCGCGCAGUCAGCAAUUCCGACGUCACUGAAGCCGGCACCCAACACCAUAUCCGCGAGGGCAAGAAGCGCGAGUUCAGCGUCCUCAGCAUCGAGAGCUUGAUGAAGAAAGCGCACGCCAUGCUUUUGAGGCGCAACAGUGUGGCAUCGUUCGCUAGUGUGUUCGCAGAGGCAAAUGCUGCUUCUGAUGCACUAGAGGCCGAACAUGCCGGCAAGGACUCCAGUGACGUUGGGGGUUUCGACAGUCCCAAUCUCGGCACCACCAAGAGCAAUCAAAGCAGUCUUCGCCACAAGCGCCAUGUCUCGGAUCUGCGGUCGCGCUACAAUCUGUCAAUCGGCGCAGGCCGUCGCACACCGAAGCGUGCAUCGCAAGUCAUGAGUGAAGGCGGCGAGAGUGCUUGGGUGACGGAUGACGAAGGGGAAUGA